UCUUUUUUUUUAUUAAUUUUUUUUUAAUCUAAAAAGAUGUGGACUUUCCUGGGAAUUGCGAGUUUCACAUAUCUCUACAAAAAAUCCGACUCUGUCUUAAGCUUCAGUCACAAAGAGCUGGUGAUGGCCGCAGCCUUAUUUCUGUCAGUGGGGCUGCUGCUCUCAUAUGUCAGAUACUUCCAUGGCCACAAACUCAGAGUCUCUUCGGUGCUUCAUUUACCUCUGAGCCUCAUGUCUGUUUUACCUUUCAUCAACUAUUUCAUCCCUCAAAGCUCAACACAGAAGAGCGACACAACAGAGAACCACAGUAAGAAGAGCCGAAGAACGAGGAAGAGGGCGAAUGUAGAGUCCUCCACCUCCGAAGCUGUGUCCACCAGUGACUCCUCUGUGGCCCCGGAACCAGAUGUGGUGAUAGUUGGGGCCGGGGUCCUGGGCUCAGCGAUGGCAGCAGUCCUGGCUCGGGAUGGCAGGAGGGUGACGGUGGUGGAGAGGGACAUGAAGGAGCCUGACAGGAUAGUGGGGGAGCUGCUGCAGCCUGGAGGUUACAGAGCGCUCAGAGACCUGGGGCUGGAAGGUUCAGUGGAGGGUCUGGAUGCCCAUCUGGUGAAGGGCUAUGUGAUCCAUGACAUGGAGAGCAGCACAGAGGUGGAGAUCCCCUACCCUCAGGAGGAAGAAGGCAUCCAGUGCGGACGGGCUUUCCAUCACGGUCGAUUCAUCAUGGGCCUGAGGAGAGCCGCCCUGGCAGAACCCAAUGUUACAGUCGUAGAAGGCACUGUGACCAGUUUGGAUGAAGAGGACGGCUGUGUAACCGGAGUCCAUUACAAGGAUAAAGAAACUGGAGACAUCAAGGAGAUCCGUGCAGCUCUCACAGUGGUGGCUGAUGGCUGUUUCUCCAAAUUCAGAAAGAGUCUGGUUUCUGGGAAAGCUCACAUCUCCUCUCACUUUGUCGGAUGCCUGAUGACGGACUGUCCUCAGUUUAAAUCCAACCAUGCUGAGCUGGUGCUGGCCAACCCGAGCCCCGUGCUCAUCUAUCAGAUCUCCUCCUCACAGACCAGAGUGCUCGUGGACAUCAGGGGGGAGAUGCCACGCAACCUCUCAGAAUACAUGUCAGAGAAAAUCCACCCGCAGCUGCCAGAGCAUUUGAAGGAGCCUUUCAUGGGGGCGCUACAGAACGAUCGACUCAGGUCCAUGCCUGCCAGCUUCCUCCCUCCCUCCCCUGUCAACAAGCCAGGCGUGCUGCUGCUGGGCGAUGCCUACAACAUGAGGCAUCCUCUGACCGGAGGAGGGAUGAGCGUCGCGCUUAACGACGUCCGCAUCUGGAGGAGUAUGCUCAGCAACAUCUCAGAUCUGUACGACGACGCGGCCAUGCUGCAGGCAAAGAAAAAAUUCCACUGGGAACGCAAGUCAUCACAUUCUUUUGUGGUGAAUGUGUUGGCCCAAGCCCUGUAUGAGCUGUUUGCAGCCACUGACAAUUCUCUGCAUGAGUUGAGAAAAGCCUGCUUCCAGUAUUUCAAGCUUGGAGGACAGUGUAUUGCAGGGCCUAUCGGACUCCUCUCAGUGUUGACGCCCAAACCGAUGACCCUCAUUGGUCACUUCUUCGCCGUGGCCAUGUACGCCAUCUACUUCAACUUCAAGUCCGAGUCCUGGUGCACCAAACCCCGAGCUAUACUCAAGAGCGGAGCCAUCCUGUACCGAGCCUGCACGGUCAUGUUUCCUCUCAUCUACUCAGAGUUCAAAUACCUGGUGUACUGAAGACUUUACACUGGAAAUCUGCAUCUGUAUCACAUCUGGACAGAGAUAGACCAAACUCUAUGUGAGCUGUAUGGCUUGAUUAAGAAAGCUAAUUACUAAAGUUGGUAUCAUUAGUUUGUGGAACCACUGAACAAGGCACUGCUGCCAUCUUAAACUUCAUGAUUUAACCAAUGAGGAUUUUCUACGUUAUGCCCCGGCCUUACUGACAAAUGAAGAUGUUGCCGUUCUUUAUGUCCAACUUACUGCCUUUUUGGAUAGAUUUGCAUCAAUACAUUGGUGCACACUUGUUUGUGCUUGCCCACAGUGUGUUUUAUAUCCAAUAUUAGCUCCCACCCUGGACUACACUGAAUAUUCAGUGCUGUGGAAUUAUUCCUGCCUCUUGUAAUUGUCAUGUGGAACAUGGCGUCUGAAUUUCUUAAUAAUGACUUUGAGAUAAAGCCACUUUCCUGCUGUAUAUUUUCUUGUAGAGCUAAUUUGAGCUGUAUUUAAUACAAAGAUCCUUCUGUAAUGACGAUGUGUUAAUACAAGAACAAUUGUGAAUCUAAAGCACUGAUGAAGGGAUGUCUAAAAUGUUAUCCCACUAUUGUAUUUCAUAGAGAAUUAUACAUCUGUUGUAUAUUUUCAGCCUUAUUUGUUGGGAUAAAUAUCUGAAUGACUUUCUGUGUUCACACUGUUUGCUCAGAGGAUCAUCUCCUGCCUUUCUGUUCAUCUUUAUAUAUAUAUUGCAAUAAGGGACGUUUUUUUGUAACACGUUUUGGUUGCCUACAGUCAGUCUGAAACAUGCUGACGGUGCAGCUGACAAGACAAUAAUCCAAGAACCCAGCGAUGAUCCCUGCACUAUCCAGUCCUGCUGGAUGUCUCUUGACACAGCAGGAUGCCCUAGGGGGAAGUUUGGGUUUGACAGGGAUCUGAAAGUAGAAGAAAUAAGGCUCAAAUCAGGACCGAGUCAAUAGAUGAUACUCGGGCGUUGUUUCUCCUGAGCUGACACAGACGAGGAGCUCCUGAGCUGUGAAUCAUCACAGCUGCCUGCGCUGUUGUGUUGGGCCUGACUGGCCGUUCAAUAAAACAUACACGACAAACCAGA